CUCUCGAUGCGACAUCUAGUGGAACUGACGAGAACUAGUCAAGAUAAACAUUGAAAUGACAACUUGAAGGCAUUGCGUUUACAAUGGAUAAGGAAAAUUACAGCCUCCGAUCUGGAUAUCUUCUAUCACAAGUUCCAAACAACAAGUGGAAGGCGAGAUGGUUUAUUCUAAGUGAAGAUGAGCUGACCUGCCAUCGACAGCGACGGAAGUCUCUUGUCCUCAGCACCAUCAACCUAACUGGCUGCUCCAUCUUCUGCCCCUGCAAUGACAAGCCUGAAGUCAGUCCUCAAUGCCUGUUCAAGCUGUCUACUCCCGAAGGAGAAGAGUUGUACUUCCAGGCAGCAGGAGCCGAUGACCGAGAUGGUUGGGCGCACGCCAUCGGUGCCGUCAUCCGCUCACAGAGCACGUCUAAGCAGAUAUCCUAUAACAAGAUGACAUUCCAGAACUUCAGGGCAUAUGCUAAUGUUAGUGAAAUUAUUGGUGCUAUCCAGGAUCCGGAUGCAGGUGUCAACACCAGUGCACAUCUCCGGGGCGGGGAAGUCUACAAAAACUGUUUUAAAGGGAGUGAUGUCGUCGAUUGGCUAAUGCGCUGGUCCAUCGUUCGGAAUCGUGAAAAUGGUUCAGCCAUGGCACAGACCUUACUGAAACUAGGUCAUCUGCAAGAAGUCGACCUCCAUGAUGGCAGCAGUGGUGUCAGCCCCAAGUUCAAUGAUGGGGAGAAACUGUAUCGAUUUACAUCCAUCAACCUAGGGAUAAAACGGAACAGUUUCUAUGACAGCACCGAUGAAGACUCCAGCUCCUCCGAUGAUGAUGAGGAUGAGGGCGAGCGAGAAGAGGUCAAAGUUGAAAAGGUCAAGAAGGGAAAGCUUGUCAAGGAAUCCUUCCUCAUGAAAAAGAAGAACCUGCGGAAGGGCUGGAGACUUGUGAGAGCUACGCUGAGAGAGAACCCGUCAUCACUACACUACCACAAGGCGUCAUAUACAGAGGUAGUUGGGACUCAAGCUUUAGUUCAACAGAAUAGAAAAAAACAAGGUUGUGAAAAUCAGAUCAACAGUAAGAUGAUGAGUCUCGAUAACUGUGUUGUCACGGAAACUGUGAAGCCAGCCACGACCAGGGGUAUGGGGACCAAAGCCAAGAGCGUCAGAUAUCGGUUAUGUGUGAAGGAUCGCAAGGGGAAGUGUGUCACUCUUCAGACGAAGGACGAGCAAGAGAAGUUUGAGUGGCUCACGGUUCUUCAGCAGCUCACAGUGUCACCCAAACCCCAGACAGACGACCGAGGGCCCGAGUAGGUGCUCGGGGGCACCGAGCUGUCCUGGGGCACCAGAAGAUGUUUGUUCCACACGAAGCUGGCACAAAAUGCCCUUUGACAUGUUUUAGAGAAUUGAAGGCCAUAUUUGUAGCACAGCUCAAGAUGAAUUGUGAAAUAUUUAUUUGAGAGUUUUGAGACAUUUUAGCUUUAUUAACAGGGUUUUUCAAUUUUUCAAUUUGUUGUGAGGUUCAGCUCUACUGGUUGAGAUUAACUGUAGUUGGAGAUGAAAUUGUUGUUAUUACAAAAGUGUUCGUGUAAUACAUACUGAUGAAGAGAGAUUUGUGAGAAAUGACAUAAAGCUGAUUGAGGAGGAAUAUGCAUUGAUGCAGAAUAAAGUGCAUGCAUACGAUUAAUACAGUUAUAUAUACAGAGGUUAAGUGUCUAAACCAAAAAUAAUCCAUUGGAUAAUACGAAGCACAUCACUUGUUUGACGUCAAGAUGUAGAUACUGAUGUCAUAUUAAUCCUUUACCAGUUUUAGUGUGUUUGAUAUUAACAUGAACAUCAUCAUGACAAUCAUGAAAAAAUCAUUGUGAGAACAAAAAGCUGCCUUAACCAAAAACAAGGGAAACUCACCAAAUUGAAACUUGCAUUAUAUUUGUGUCCUUAUGCUACACAUAGUACCUGUGAUCCACUUGAUAGGGCUGUUUACCUGUGUGAGUGAGUGAAUAAGGCUUUGGUCGUAGUCAGCAAUAUACAGCUAUAUCACGGCAGCCAGGUAUCUGUAAUGAGUCCUAGAUAGACCGGUUGCAAGCAUGGAUAGUUUGAGAAGUGACCAAUGGCUAGAUCGCACACAAACAUUUAUCUACCUGGUGUCACCAUCCAGACUGUAUCCAUGCUUGGCCGCCAUUGUGACCAUGUAAUCACCAUAUGAAUUGGUCUUAUGAUUCAUUGGUAAAGAUGAUCUAGCCUGUUCCGGAAUCCCUGAUAAUCACUUGAGUUGCUUUACUACAGGUUUAGAUACACCACAUUCCUCCAUCACCUGUUUUUAUAUGUCUCCACUUUGAAGUGAUGUGGGUCUAUUUGAGUAUGCUUAUGAAAUGAGGCUGUUUGUAAGUCAUGGAAGUCACACUACUUUGUGCAAACCCUACCACAUCCAGACAUUAAAGCAAUAUGUAGAGGUUGGUUUGUUGUUAAACGCCGCACUCAGCAAUAUUCCAGCUGUAUGACGUCGGUCUGUGAGUAAUCGAGUCUGGACCAGACAAUCCAGUGGUUGAUAUCAUGAGCAUCGAUCCACGCAA